CCCCUCACUUCCUCCACAGCUCACAUAUUCAACAUCUCUACCAUCACAUGAAGAUCUCACUUGAACUCAUAGAAUUUAAUACCCGUAGGUGGAUUAGAAGUAGAUCCUUCCACAUUGUUCGAGACUAAAACAGUGGGGGGGGGGAGAAAAAAAAACUUUUCGGAGGUAGCUUGGACCAGAUUACAUCUGCAUGCGGAGGCCACCCGCUUCGAGAGCGAUGUCAUCUCUACUUUCUCACAGCAAGGAACAGCCGCGCAUCCGAAAGUCUCUGUCUGACUCCUCUCCAGCUUCGUCCCCGGCCACCGGCAAGAGCCUGAGGCACGAGACACUGUCUCGACUGAGCUCGUCUGGAUCCUCGGACGUUUCCAACGACACGUCAACAAACCACGCUGAGUCCUACUUCCUCCGACGAGAGAACAGACUCUCUGCGAGGAAAAGGGCAGAGGAGGAGUCAGCAAACAAUGACUAUAAAAAGAUGUAUGAAAAAGCACUCGCCACCAAUCAAAGGCUGAAGUCUCGGCUGGAAACGAGUAGACAGGAACUGGCCAUGAUUCAGGACCAGCUGCAGAGAGCGCAGGGAAGAGCGGGGGAUUGUGGCUCGAACGUGCUUGAGGCAGAAAAGAAGGAAAGUCACAUUCUACAAAAGACGAUAGCGGACAUGGAAGAACAGUUAAAGGUUAAAGGAGAGCUGAAGAUGGAAAACCAGCGACUGAAGGACGAGAAUGGAGCUUUAAUCCGGGUGAUCACUAAACUUUCCAAGUGAAAUGGGAAACAGGAAAGAUAAGCUGGAGAGACACCACAAGCCAUUCCCAUCCCGGCCUUCGUCUUACCGUUCCUCUGACAGAACGUUAGUUCAGAGUUUUCUAGUAGUGUUGGACACUUUAGUCUGUUGAGUAACUAACAUUUGCAGGAAAGAAGACACAUUUUACAUCGGCUGCGAGAGCUUCAUGUCACUGUACUGUAUCUAAAGUAGUAUUCCAUGGCAGAAAAUAUUUGAGAUUUAAAUUAAUAUUGUAUAUUCAUAACAUAUUUCUACAUAAAGGCAAAUGCCAACACAA